AUGCAGAACGUUGACUUCAGUCUACCUGUCUUCUAUAGAUCUCCAGGUUCUUGUGAUUUCAAUGGAGAGUUUUAUGAAAAUGGAACUUCCUUCCCAGCUCCCGACGGAUGCAACACAUGCUUUUGUUUCAAUGGCCAGAUCAGUUGUACAGAGAUAUUCUGUGUUCCAGCUCUUGAAUCAGAGUGUCAAUUCUCUGCUGUUCCUGGAAGACAGACAUUUGGGUGUCUGUUCACUAAUCAGCUGGAGUCAGUGACAUGCUCAUUUGACGGUGGACCUGGCGAGGCUUGUACAUUCCCUCUGGAAGUAGGGAUCGGCAGAUUUGGGACAGACAGCCACACUCUAGUGGUGACUGUGGUUGAUGUGUUUGGACGAUCUGAGGUUGUCUCAUUUAACUUCAGUCUUAUUGCACCGCAAACACCUCGACCACCGCCAGUAUUUGAGGGAGUCUGUGGAACAAGUGGUGUUGCUGGUCGUCAGAGGUUUGACUGUACAUUCACUAAUGACGUGGUGUCAGUGACGUGCUCAUUUGACGGAGGAGAGGCAGAGAAUUGCACCCUUCCUCUGAUAGUGGACAUUGGCAGGUUUGGAACAGACAACCACACAGUGGUGUUGACUGCCACUGAUGAGUUUGGACAGACUUCUAGCAUCUCUCUUGGCUUCCGUCUCACUGCACCAGACCUGCGAGUGGUUUGUGGUACAGAUGCUGUUCCUGGUCGCCAGCGGUUUUUCUGCGAUGCCAGCAAUCCUAUUGCUAGUAUCAUGUGCUCAUUUGAUGGAGGAGUAGCAGAGAUCUGCUCUUUCCCUGUGGUAGCAGAGUUCGACCGAUUUGGCACAGACAGCCACACUCUAGUGGUGACUCUGGUGGAUGUGUUUGGACAGUCUACGAGUGUCUCGUUGGACUUCACUCUCGUUGAACGUAAGACUCUGAGCUCCUCACAUCAAAAGUUGAAUUUCCACCUCAUUUGCAGCGGCUCCACCAGUUACUCCAUCACCUUCUCCAACACCACCACCAGUUCCCUCAGAGGCUGUUUAUAUGAGGGAAUAGUGUAUGAAAAUGGAGCAUCUUUCCCAGCUGCUGAUGGCUGCAACACUUGUACUUGUAGUGAUGGUAUGGUAGGGUGUACAGAGAUAGCCUGUCCAGAGCUAGAAGUGGUAUGUAGUAUUUCUGCUGUACCUGGUAGACAGGAAUUUGCCUGUGGAGUAACUGCUCCCAUAGCAAGUAUCACUUGCUCAUUUGACGGAGGACCUGGCGAGGCUUGUACAUUCCCUCUGGAAGUAGGGAUCGGCAGAUUUGGGACAGACAGCCACACUCUAGUGGUGACUGUGGUUGAUGUGUUUGGACGAUCUGAGGUUGUCUCAUUCAACUUCAGUCUUAUUGCACCGCAAACUCCUCGACCUCCACCAGCUCUUGAAUCAGAGUGUCAAUUCUCUGCCGUUCCUGGAAGACAGACAUUUGGGUGUCUGUUCACUAAUCAGCUGGAGUCAGUGACGUGCUCAUUUGACGGAGGACCUGGCGAGGCUUGUGCAUUCCCUCUGGAAGUAGGGAUCGGCAGAUUUGGGACAGACAACCACACUCUAGUGGUGACUGUGGUGGACGAGUUUGGACAAACUUUAGAGUUGGUAUUUGAAUUCUCUCUAAUAGAAGUUCUGCCACCAAUUACAGAACUUGAAGGAGAGUGCGGAGCAUUUGGCGUAACUGGUCGUCAGAGGUUCGACUGUACAUUCAGUAACAACCUAACGUCAAUCACAUGCUCGUUUGAUGGAGGAGAGGCGGAGGGUUGUUUUUUCCCUGUCAUAGUAGACUUUGAGAGAUUUGGCACGGAAAACCACACUCUAGUUGUUACUGUGGUGGAUGAGUUUGGACAGUUUCUGGACAUUGUUUUUGAAUUCCAGUUGACUGAACCUCCAACACUACCUCCAGUUCCCUCAGAGUUUGAGAUAUCGUUUGAUGCUGAUGUCGCUACUGCUGAAGAGGAUAGUAGUUCAGAAACUCUAUUGAUCAUCUCCCGGCAAGGCUCUUCAUUUGGUCCCAUCCCUGUCAUUGUGCGAGCCUUCACUUUCGGCCAGUACGAGUCCUUCAGAGGCAGUUUCAACUCUCCCAUUGGACAGGAAGCCCCUGAUCUCCCUGAUGACCUACCCGAUCCCGCCGCAGCCAAUGACGACUUCAACUCCUCCGCCCAGUCUUUUGUACUUCCAGACGAGAUUUCUUUGACCUUUGUCCCCGUAGCAGUAGAAGAGCUGGAUCCACGAGAUCGAAACAGCAUCACUGUCACCAACUCACUCGUGUUGAUAAACAUCGAGGACGACGAUCGUCCACUGACGUGCGAUGUGACUGGACAAAUUGUGGAUUCAGUGGCAGUGUUUGGUUGUGCGGGGCCCGUCCCUCCUGAUGUCAUGAACAUUGAGUGUCUCUUAGACGAUACCAUCUCUUUUGACUGUGCCAACGUGGUCUCUGAGUCAGUGGUGGUACCACAGGCUGCAGUAGGGAGACAUGUAGUGAAGGUAGUGGGCAGAGCAGGUGGAGCUGAGCCACUAAUCCCUCUUGGACAGAUCACCUUCAAUGUACCACCUCCAGCUAUUGACAUUACUUGUGACUCUCUUCUGGAUGGGCUGACGUUCCUGUAUGUGUGUGAGGCCAACAACAACAUCAGCAGUGUCUCUUGCUUCAUUAAUGAUGACACUCCUACUGACUGUGAAUUGUCUGACCAGCUCCGGAUCUCAGACCUCCCUCCGGGAGAGCACACCCUCACUGUCAUCAUCACUGAUAUCUUUGGUCAGCGGGGCCAGGAGGUCUUCACCUUCACCAGGAUCCCUCUGUUUGAAGUCGAGUGCUCUGUGGUGGACUCUGUCAUAGAGUGCACCAGCAUGACACUGAUAGCCGCCCAGAGCUGCUCCAUUGGCGGAGGCAGUUUCUUUGAUUGCUUACAACCCCUGGACAUUGCCGUGCUGGCAGCCAGGGCUAACGUUGGUGUGGGACAGCACACUCUCACCAUCAUAUCGCGAGACCUGGCUGGACAACAGACCACAGACACUGUAGACUUCAACGUCACCAUUGUAGCUACAGUUCCAAGUGCUCCUAUCAACGUAAUUGCUGUUGCACUGAGUCCAACUGCCAUAGAGAUCUCCUGGUCUCCUCCUGACAGUGACGGAGGCAGCGAAAUCACAAACUACUUUCUCGGAAUACGGGAUCUCUCCAGCCAAUUGGAGCUUGGAGCUGUAGCAGGGCCCGAUGCAAGGACUUUCAUUCACACUGGUCUCUCUCCUGCCACCACCUACAAUUUGAGUGUGACUGCAGCAAACGUCAUUGGUAGUGGGCCUACUGUUUCACUGGAGGUAACUACUCCACCAGGAGGCCCUGAGGGGUGUGUGGAGGUGGAGGUUGAUCUGGAGUUGUGUGUGGCGCGGGUGGGAGGGAGAGAGGUGGAUGGGUCUGUCACCAUUAGUCAGGUGAGGGUGAGUCGAGUGAUGAUCAACCUGUGGAGGGUGGCGGUACCCAACUGCCAGCGACCUGGACUGGUAAUGUGGGUCACCUGCAUGUCCAACAGACUUCGCUUCGACGUCAACCGAGGCUCCUCCCUCCGCCCUUCCUCCCACGGUCUCCUCGGUCAGUUCUGGAACAUCCCCAUAUCAGUGGGUGACCUUGACUCCGACAGUUCUCCAGACAUACAGCUCUACCAGCCAGGCCACCCCAGCUACCGCCACUUCCCUGCUCUCUUCUACCCCCUCGUCUGGGAUCUCUCUGAUGACGGCUGCUACUACGUGGGCAACUCCCAGGGGGGCCCCCGAGAGGUCACGUGACCCAAUGAACUCUGUGAUUGAGGGGUCUUACUUCCAGUACAUUGUGGAUGGACUGUUUGAUACGGAGUUUGCGUACGAGCGGUUUGAUGAAAAUGCCUGUUGAGGUCGGAACCUUUCAAGAUAGAGUGCUUGUUUGUAGUUUGGACUAAAAAUGUAAAAGUUUGUUAUUUGUUUCUCAUUGCCUGAAAUUCAUAAGUUUUUUUGUGCAACUAAAAACACUGCCGAAAGCUUUCUAUAUGGAUU